AUGUUCAGCAAGCGUGACAAGGAUGAUCAGAUGAAGGCGACGGUGACCCUUCUGCAGAACCAGCUCCGGGCGCAGGCUCAGGAGAUAGGCAGGCUGCAGAGCACCGUCGACACCCUCGUCUCGGAGAAGGCCGAGCUGCAGCAGAAGCUCGACGCGCCGCCCGCCAACCAGAUCGUCAACUCCAUCCUCCGCUCCUUCACCGGCUCUGAGGCGCUGAGGCUGGAGAGCGUGGAGGAGAAGGUGCACUGCAACUCGUACAAGAGCCACACUGACGUCAGAUACAGAUUCUUCGGCGCCCCCGGGCGGUUCCGCGGAUCCUUCCCGGACAUCCACAACGCCAAGGUUGAGAUCGCGACGCCCGAGUCGUUCGGCGACGCCGUCAAGGCGCAGUUCGAGUUCAAGCCGCUGCAGCCCAUCACCACGUCCAAGUCCCGCUUUUCCCUCGACGUCGGCGACCUUCUCGGGAUAAAGGGCGCGCCCACGCUCGUGGUCAGCCCCAACCCCCCGUUCCUGAUCAACAACCGAACCGAGUGGAACCCGCAGGUUGAGAUGCAGGGCGAGACCGAGGACGGCAUCGAGUGGGAGCUGAGGUACACCGUGAGCAACGACGGCGCCGUGCUCAGGUCCCUCGAGGGCGAGCUCAACUACUCGCACGACGUCUACGGCGAUUUCACCCUCUCCAGGUGGCUCCACGAGGACGACAUGGAGCUCUGGGACAAGUACGGCGACUGGUACGGGGAUUCCCCCGGCGGCUUGGACUCGCGGUACAGCGGCGACCCUCGGGGCGGAUCCGGCGACGACGACACCGACUCGGACCGCUCCGGAAGCAGGACCCCGCGCAGGGUGUCCCCGCGCAGGGCGCUGUGGGGACGCGGGAGCAAGUCCCCGCGCGGGAUCUCCCCGGCGGAGUCUGCCCGUUCCGGAAGGUCCGCGCGAAGCUCGCGAUCGCGUCGGUCGUUUCUCGGCGACGUGAAGCCCCCGACGCCGCGGUGGCUCGCGUCGUGGCGCCGCGAGGUGAUCGAUCGGGACGGCGUGACCGGCAGCGCGUUCGAGGCCAAGGUGGGGGACGCGGCGGCCGUGGCGAACGAGAACGCGCACAAGAGCGGCGGUAACAUGAGCACCGCGGGCGGCAUCAUCAACGCCGACAACAACUGGGUGACGAGCGACUCGUGGGAGCUGGAGCUCGGCGCGAGGCGGCGCCUGCAGCACAACCUCGACGGGAAAAUCGCCGCGAGGUUUGUCGCCAGGGAGUUGGAGGCGGGCAUGUCCUACCACUUCACCGAGGAGUUCAAGGGCUGGCACGUGAACGCGAAGGCUGUGCUCUCGCCCCAAGGGAUCUCCACGCCGGAGUUCACCCUGCACCACAUGUGGGACUUCUAAGCGGGCGACGAUCGGCGCUCGCGGGGAGGGGGAACGCGAGGGCGAGAGAGAGAUGUGGGGACGCGUCGGAGUCUGGUGACCCGAACAACUUAGUUGUACAUUCUUGAAAACCAAAGGCAUACAUCGCGACG